AUGGCCGGUCCGUCGUCCGCUUCAACCCAGUUAUUCCCUGCCAUCAGCUUCUCGGUAUCGUCGAUCGCUACCUUCCCCCGCAGCCAGUCAAAGCCGGUUUCUGUCAGCCGCCAGCCCCAAGCCGUGGAUGGGUCCCCCGACUAUGGCGUAGCGGAAGCUCGAGCGAAUCGCAGACUUUGUCCACGCCUAUUCACGGCUCGCGGGAAAUGCGGUAUCGCACGUUUCACAUUUGUUACAUGA